AUGGCGAACAACAGAUCGGACCAUACCUCUCUGCUGGACCUACCUCCUGAGAUUCUGUCCAAAGUCAUUUCAUACAUGGUGGAGCCCUCUGGUCGAUCAUCCAUCCAGUCUGUCCUCCGGGCCUGCCGCCAGUUGUAUGACAUUGCCCUUCCGUUUUCCGUCAGCGUUUUCCGCAAUACGGUCCACCACCACAAGGGUGGCGGCCCCUGUUCCCCAAUCAAAAAUGCACAGUUUUUACAUUACCUCCUUAUUUCGAAGCCUUGGCUCGCCAGACAUGUCAACACUGUCAUCCUAGGCGGCUUUACAUCAACCAGCAGCCAGGGUGAUGGCGAUAAGACAGAUGAUACGCAAAGCCCUGUUAGCGCAGAUUCUGAUCUUGCUGUCUACCAAAGCCAGAUAGAAACCAUCUUGGGUCAAAUCAGCCCUGAUGACGAGGACCAUGGUUCUUGGUGUACUGAGUGGAUAUCAGAUCUUAAAAGAGGAUACUCUGAUGCCCAGGUUAGCCUCAUUUUGCUAAUCUGCCCUAAUAUUCAGACACUUCUCUUCGAAGAGUCUAAGAACCCACGCCAUUUUGUUCGCCUGCUUCGAUUCCUUGGGUAUCUCUCCUUGACGUCUGCUCCUGGAUGGAGUAACAAUCCUCUCCUCCCGCUGUCCAAUCUCGAAGACGUCUUUCACGAAACAAAUAAUAUUCAAAACGGCUAUACUCGAUGGUAUGAGCAAGGGCCAUUGCUCUUCACUCUACCUCGUCUACGGUACUAUGAAUGCAAUAUCCCGGUUGGAAACGAGAGGGCAGGAGAGCAGUUUGGGCAUCUGCCACCCAAAUCAUCCUCGGUCGAGGAGAUCACGCUACGGUCCUCGUCGAUCAUCCCGAUAACGCUUUCUGCGAUGCUGCGUGCUUGUAAAGCGCUUCGGAAGCUCGAGUACACAUCCUACACCAACUCCUCAUCGACAGUUCAGACAGUGGCUCCCCGGGAUAUUCUUGAUGCCAUUCUGCUCCAAGCCGACUCGCUCACCGAGCUCUAUAUCAAUACAGAGGAAGAUUGGGACAAGGGCUGGGGUCUCCGGAGCCCCAAUGUUCUGUUUAUGGGGAUGGGGCUUCGCAAGAUGGUCGCACUGAGGAAGCUUACGGUAGGCAUGCAGUGCCUUACCGGGCUGCUGGCGGAGAAACCGUCAAAUCAGAAUGAGGAUCACCCCGUGCCUCUCAGAGUUGACGGCGCUCCGAUAAUUGUUGACUGCCUUCCUGAGAACCUGGAAUACCUGAAAAUCCAUUCUUGCAGCGCCGCAAUACAUGAACAGGCGCAGGAGCUGCUGGCCGUGGUUGAGUCCGGCCAUCGCUUCAAAAAUCUCACGUACAUAUCCUUACUCUUCAACAGCUGGCUGCCAGAAAAGCCGCUCCCAUUGUCAUGCAAUGCACCAAACGUGCACUUGGAUAUUGGAUAUCAGACCAAGUCAACAUACCAGCAUGAUCUGGGCCAUCCGUAUUCGGAUCGAGAGAUAGUAGGGCGUGGAGCGCGCAAUGUGACGUCGCGAAUACAUGCUUCCAAGAUGCGGAGGGAAUAUUUAGCAACGCGUGGGAUCACCGAACCUCGGCAUAAGCCUUUUUACUUUGUGGAUGACUACUAG